UGUGGUGAAGGCCGCUUCCUGUGCCACGUUUCAUUUUCUGUUCUUUCUGCAAACCAACUUUUGUGCCUAUAGAAAUGGCUUCGCUCGUGACAGAGAUCGCUACCAGCUUUGUGAUUUUCGUAUGCGUCGUUCAAGGAGCCCGAAGCCUCCAGAUACAAUAUAAGGAAUCAGUGAAUGCAACAGUAGGGCAGAACAUCAGCCUGCCCUGCAUCGUGUCAGAAGAGGAAAAAGUCAGCAUCAACCAGUUGGAAUGGCAUAGAGAGGGAGAAAGAGGAGAUGAAAAACUUGUGGUGUUUAAUCCUCUAUUUCAACCUCACUAUUCAGCGAAUGUCACACUGCAGCUGGUGAGAAAAACAAACUCAAGACUACAAGGCUCCAUCUUGCAUUUGCUUGGAGUUACGGAGAAGGACAAUGGAAACUAUGUCUGUGAGAUCAGCUCCUUUCCGUACGGAUCCUCCAAAAAGGCCACAAAAGUGCAAGUCACAGUGCCUAGGAUCACAGCACAAGUAGAGCCCCCAGUCAGGUCUGUGGUGGAGGGGGAUGAAGUGAACAUCACAUGUGCCAGUCAUCCUCCAGCUGACCUUUACAGAGUGAUGUCUUUACAGAGCACUUUCACACUGGAGAGUCAGAGUGGACAUUUCACAAUACCGAAUGUCACUCGCCACUACAGUGACCUGAUCUGUCGUCCCCUCUGGACCUCAUCAAACCAACACUUACAAAGCCUCACAGCGUCUGUGCAUCUGACCGUGGACUUUCUUGACAGCAUUGAGUGUAAUUCCAGCAGCCAGAUCCAGACUGAGACGGGAACAAAUCUGACAAUAACGUGUGAGGCGAGGUCUUCAAACCCCUUACGGUACAUCUGGAAUAAGGGGAACGUGACAGUGUCCCACCAAGCCACUUUAAGCCUGUGGCUAGUGAAUCCUGGCUCCUCUGGGAUGUACUCUCUGAUCGUCCAUGCAACAAACCAAAGCCGCCUCCAGAGACGGAAAGAUUUUGCGGUCACUGUAGUCAACAGGACGUAUGCUGAACACCGGAGCACCACCUUUACUAUGGAAACAACAUCCCAGAUCACAGAAGGCACAACUCUGACAACAGCAGAGCCGGGGUUUUCGACAAUGACAUCACAGCCAGUGUACAUCGACGCCACUACUCCCUCUGCUGGAAACAUCACCACAUCACAUGCAACCUUCACAGCGGCACAUGCAUCUGACAGCUCAACCACAAGCUCUCUUUACACAACAGCUGAAGGGAGCACACGGUCUGUGAGUUGCUGUCAGAAUGAUACAUCCAGCCCAAGACAAGGAUCCACCCCUGUUCACCCAGACGCCAGAACAACCAUCUUCAAAUUCCCUUUAACAGAAGAGAACUUCUUAACCACAGUCAAAAGUGUGAACGAUCAAAGUGGCAAUAAGACGCACGUGGUGUAUGUUCUCAUCCCCGUCGUUCUCUUGUUGGUGCUGAUUGGCUUUCUAUACAGGAGGUACCUCAUCCAAAAAAGAAUGGAUAUGCCUCCCCCGUUCAAGCCUCCUCCUCCACCAGUGAAGUACACAUCAGUGAGAAGUCAGAACUCACCUGUGACUGACAUCAUAGUAUGAUGACGUGAAGCACCGACACAGAGAGACUGGCUGCAAACUGACAGGAUUUUAUUCCACUUCUAAAAACAUUUUUAUACUGUACCUUUAUGUAACUCUCCUUUUCUGUAAAUGAUUUAUGUAUUUUUCACUUUUUUGCAAUUUAUACAAAAUAUAUUUCACAAUGUUUUUUUUCUGUGUGUGUGUGUGUGUGUGUGUGUGUGUGUGUGUGUGUGUGUGUGUGUUUUUCUCACAGAAGUUUCCAUAAAAAAUCUAUUAAUAAGUAAUAUAUAACUACUUAUAAACAUGAACUCCAUUUGACUCCCUGAAAGCAAAGCACUCCCACACUUUGUCUGGGUCUUAACAUUUUGCCUUGCAUUAAAUUAAAGGUCAAAUGAGCAUCAA